CUCUAUGAGGCCCAUAUUCUUUAUCGCCAUUACCGAUCUCUCAAUCCCUUCAAAUCCCCCACAUCUCUCUUCGCUUUAGCACCAAACCCCAACCCUUCUCUCUUCUUUCUCUCUCAGAACCAUACAAGAAACUGCAACUAUUAAGAACCAAGAAUUCGUCAAUUCUGAAUUCUUGUAGAAAAAAAUAAUAAUCAAGAAAUGGCUCAAAGAACAGAGAAAGAAGAGACCGAGUGCAAGGUACCAGAAAACUUGACUUUAUGUAUCAAUAAUUGUGGAGUUACAGGUAAUCCAGCAACAAACAACAUGUGUCAGAAAUGUUUCAACGCUAGCACCAGCACAUCUAAUCCCUCCUCCUCCACCACCACCACCACCACCACCAUAACAUUUGCAGCAACAACCAACGGUGUGUCUACCAACGAGAUCUUAAAAUUCACCAGCGAGAAAUCGUUGAGAUCCAGCAUAUCUCGCUCGCCGGCGAAGGAUCAUCAAAGGCAACCAAAAACUGCGUCGGAUAAAGAAAGAUCUGACAGUUCUUCCGUGGCGAAGAAAGAGGUGAACAGGUGCUCAGGGUGCCGACGAAGGGUAGGGUUGACCGGAUUCCGAUGUCGUUGCGGGGAGCUUUUUUGCUGGGAGCACCGGUACUCAGAUCGACAUGAUUGUAGUUACGAUUACAAAACUGUAGGUCGCGAAGCUAUCGCGAGAGAGAAUCCUGUUGUGAAAGCUGCAAAGAUUGUUAGAGUUUGAAACAAGAAAAAGAACGUGUUGUUCGUGCUUGCAAAACAUCUGGUUGAUCGAUUCUCUCGAUCUAAACCCAGUAGAUCUCGAUUGAGUGCGUGCUAGCAAGGCAUGCCGUUGAAUCACCAUGGAUUUCAAGUUAUCAAGAUGUUUAAAGACCGAGAUCAAGAUUGAAAUUAUUCGUGUUGGAUCAAUCUAUAAUUUUAUUUUUUUUUGCAUUUCUUCAGAAAUGAAAGAUUAUUAUUAAUAUUAUUAUUAUUAUCAUGGCAAUUAUUGUGCUUUA